AUGGGUUCUUCUUCUUACAAUUGGGUUGUAGGGUUACUUCUUUUCUUGAUCAUUUUCUUGGAAAUGAGUUCUAUCACUUUUGCUGAUGAUCAUAAGCUUGAAGAGUCGAAGGUUGGUAAUAAUAAUGGUUGUAGAUAUGGUAGAAGAGGUUGUGCUGGACGCGGUGGAUUGGGAGGAAGGGGUGUACAUAGUUCAAGGAGAGGUCGAGGAGGAGGAGGAGGUGGUGGUGGUGGUGGUGGUGGUGGUAGAGGAGGGUCAGGUUAUGGUAGUGGAUUCGGAGCAGGAUUUGGAACAGAAGGUGGUGGUGGAGGUGGUGGUGGUGGGGGAGGUAAUGGAAAUGGUUAUGGAUAUGGUGGAGGAUUCGGAGCUGGAGGUGGUCCAGGAGGAGGCGGUGGUGGUGGUGGUGGAGGAGGAGGAGGAGCAGGAGGAGGGUCAGGCUAUGGUAGUGGUUUUGGUGGGGGUGGAGGGUUAGGAGGAUUGGGAGGUGGAAUGGAAGGUGCGCGUGCUGGAGGAAUGGGAGGCGGAUUUGGUAUGGGCAUUGGUAUAGGAGUUGGAACCGGAGGUGGAGGUGGUCAAGGUGUUGGAGUAGGGACCGGGUUUGGUAAUGGUGGUGGUGGUAAUAAUGGUCGAACAUAA